UGUCUGUAUUGUAUCAGGACUCAGGGAGCUGUUUGGCUCAGCUGUUGAGAAUAUCUCCCUAAACGUCAUCAUCUUCCCUAUUCUCUACCUCCACACCCCCUCCCGUCGCGCCUCUGAGGUAACGGCAAGAGCGUAACAGUCCACCUGAAUUUUCUAACCGGCAAAUAGCCACCAACUGUUAUUUCCGCUGAAAACCAAGCCGCUUAGGUCUCACAUGAUCCUGAAGUAGCAACAGCAUUGUCAACUUCGGGUGGGGCUCUGCUAGCAUGGCCUCCAUCACCUCCGUUGAAUUGAAUUAUCUCAUCUUUCGUUAUCUCCAAGAGUCAGGUUUUACUCAUUCAGCUUUUGCUUUUGGGUAUGAGGCAUGUAUCAACAAGUGCCAGAUUGAUGGCAGUUUGGUUCCACCUGGAGCACUUGUCACUUUUGUACAAAAAGGACUUCAGUACUUAGAGAUGGAAGCAAACUUGAGUAAUGCUGACUCUGAUGUGGAUGAGGAUUUUUCAUUUCUACAACCUCUCGAUCUCAUCACAAAGGAUGUUUAUGAGUUGCGUCGUACAAUAAAGGAGAGGAGAAAGAAUGAACUGAAAAAAACAAAGGAGAAAGAAUUGGAUAAGCAACAUGAAGAAGCACAUGGGCUGGUGAAAGAUAGGGAAAAACAAGUGAGGAAAAGAGAGCGUGAAAAGGAGACAGAGCGAACAGAAGAGAAGCCAAGAGAAAAGGAGCAUAGCUAUCACAAUGACAAAGAGGUUGAUACCAAUCAUGAAGACCAGAAAAAUGUUAGAAAUGAAGAAAAUGGGGUUUCUGGGGAACCAAUGGAAAUCUCUACCACCUCUACAUCUCAAAUUGUUGAACUUACUAGCUGUGAUGUCACGAUUUUGGAAGGCCACACUUCUGAGGUCUGUGCUUGUGCAUGGAGCCCGUCAGGUUCACUCCUUGCAUCAGGAUCUGGAGAUUCAACAGCGCGGAUUUGGAGAAUUGGUGAUGGGACCAAUCAAUCAAGUUCACAAAAUGGUCCUGCUGGUGAAAUAGUAUUGCUGCAUGUAAAAGCUAAAACAAAUGAGAAAAGCAAAGAUGUCACAGCUAUUGAUUGGAAUAUUGAUGGGACGCUGCUAGCAACAGGAUCUUAUGAUGGGCAAGCUAGAAUUUGGAGCACAGAUGGUGAACUGAAAAGUACUUUAACCAGACACAAGGGACCCAUUUUCUCCUUGAAAUGGAACAAGAAAUGUGACUAUAUUGUUACUGGAAGCUGUGACAAGACUGCAGUUGUAUGGGACGUAAAAACUGAGGGAUUCAAACAACAGUUUGAGUUCCAUUCAGGCCCAAUACUAGAUGUUGACUGGAGAAAUAAUGUUUCUUUUGCAACCAGCUCCACUGACCAUAUGAUCUAUGUGUGCAAGAUUGGAGAGACUUCACCAAUAAAAACCUUCUCUGAUCAUCAGGGUGAAGUUAAUUGUCUCAAGUGGGAUCCAACUGGUACGUUGUUGGCAUCCUGCUCCGAUGAUGUCACUGCAAAGAUAUGGAGCCUGAAGCAGGACAAGUGCAUUCAUGAUUUUAAGGAACAUGAUAAAGAGAUAUAUACUAUCAGAUGGAGUCCCACCGGACCUGGCACAAAUAAUCCAAAUCUGCCGUUAUUGUUGGCAAGUGCAUCAUUUGACUCAACAGUUAAGCUAUGGGAUGUUGAACAGGGGAGACUUCUCUGCAGCCUGACCGGUCACAGGGAACCUGUGUACUCUGUUGCUUUUAGCCCAAAUGGUGAGUACCUGGCCAGUGGCUCUCUUGACAAGAGUGUGCUCAUUUGGUCCCUGAAAGAAAGCAAGAUUAUCAAAAGAUAUACUGGCAAUGGAGGCAUAUUCGAAGUCUGCUGGAACAAGGAAGGUGAUAAAAUUGCUGCUUGUUUUGCCAAUAACGUAGUUUGCGUUUUGGAUUUCAGAAGGUAGGAUGAAGCAUUUUUUAGAUGAUCUAAUUCACAAUUGAAAGUCAUGGACAUAGUCUGGAAGGGGGAAGAGUUUCACUGAUUUCAAGGUUGAUUUACCAUGUAGAUGUGUGGUUUCAUUGUCUAACCCAGAAACUGAUAUGCUCUGAGGUAAUUGGCGAGCAGUCAUGUACAGAUUAGAGUGAACCAUGAAUAGUUAGUUAGAGAAGUUCCCUUGGAUAGACUCUAAAUUUUUUUUUUUUAAAUUUUAGCCUUUUAGGUCUAAAUACUACUAGCUUUUUAGUUUCAUUGGUUGUUGAAAAUUUAAAAUUGCUCGUCAUGUAGUUGGAUGGAUGUUUGUGCUGCGGAAUUUGAUUCAUUUCAUGUCUAAUUCAAGAUUAGAAAGCGUUGCAACCUUUA